AUGAUUAAUCAUAAAACUUCAGCAAAAUAAGGGCUGUAUAUUCUUUAGAUUGUUUACGCGAUCAUAGAAUGCACAAGAGCCUCAUUAUUUAGUUUGAUAUUGCUAAUCAUAUGUAUAUGCAUUAGUUUAUUUUAAAUUAUACUAUUGGCAAGAAAUAGAAACUUAAAUAUCUAUGCACAAUUAGCAAUCAAUGUCAUGAGCGUAGUUGCUAAAUAAAGUGAUCAAUUUUUGUUGCUCCAAACCUUUGUGGGAUUUGCUCUAUUUUUGUAAAAUGAACAAAAGAGAUGGGUUGUAAAUAUCCUCACUUGUUUAAGUAGUAAUAGGAAUUAUCUUAGUCCAAGUAACCAUAAUUUGUUUCUAUUCAUAAAAUAAUGAAGUCCAAUCAUACUUUAUGAGUAUUUUCACUAUUAUAUUUGUAACAUACUUUUAUUGGGCUAUCAAAUUGCCAGGAUUAAAAAAAUAAUCCAGUGGAACAGAAUUUUUGCCUUUACAUCAACAAAAUUCAAUCAAAUCUAUAAUUUAAGUAGAUGAAAUGCCUUAAAAAUCCUAAAAUAUAAUAAUACUUGAAUAUUAAACUUUAGAUAUUAAAUAGAUUUCAAAUUCUCUAAAGGACUUAUUAUUUUAUGAUGAAAUAUCAGAAUUCAAUUUAUUGGACUCAAUUAAAAUUAUCAAAGUUGAUAAAUAAACACAACGUAAUCUUAACUAGAAAAUCAAAGGAAUUACUUUACGUUAAUUAAUUAAUAAAUGCUAAAUUCUUCAAAAAACUGAUGACAUUUUAAUUAUAAAAACAAAUGUUCUAAAAUUAGAAUAUCAUUAGAUUAAGUUAAUUUUUUCAAAAGAAGUUAUUACACUACAAUUUGAAGAUAUAAAAGAAUUCGCUAAAUAUAUUAAAAAAAAUUCAUGUUUCGCCUUAAUGAAUAAACUCUUUUAAUCAUUCAGUCAUGAGUUUGGAACUUUGUUGAAUUAAAUUGCCCUGAUUUCUUAGAAUGGCAAAAUCUAAAAUCCUAGUAUGAAGGAACAAUUUGAUUUUAUAUACAAUUGUUGUGUUAUUAUGAAUAAUAUGGUCAAAGACUUAAAGGAUUUUCAUUAACUAAGAAGCAAAACAUUCUAAUUGGAAAUUGUUGAUGUUAACAUUGAUGGAUUAUUUAAUGAAUUACAACAUCUAUUUAAAUAAUAAGCAGUUGCAAAACAAAUAUCUAUGUUCAUGAUUAAUAAAGUGAAAAUAGGGUUUAAGUAAGAUGAACAGAGAAUAAAGUAGAUCUUGCAGAAUUUGAUACAAAAUGCAAUCAAAUAUACUAAUUAAGAUGGUGCAGUAUAUGUGACAGCUGAAAAAUAUGAUGACAAAAGAAUUAAGUUUUCAGUUCUAGAUUCAGGUAUAGGAAUCAGUGAGAGUGUUACAUAAAAUAUAAAACAAAUGCUUAGUAAUGAUUUGAUUUUAACUUCCAAGAUUUCAGAAGGAACUGCUGGUUUAGGUUUAGGAUUAUUAAACUCAAAUUACCUAACAAAAUAAUUGUCAUCCUUCAAAUAGGCCAAUAAAGAAUUCUUAUAGUUUAGUUCUAAAUAAGGAGAAGGUACUAAUUUUUGGUUUUAUGUGUGGAAAUACAAUUUGUUAGAGUCUCCAUCUAAUCAAUUUGAAAAUAAAUCAAUACAAAUUUUAGAAAAAAAAGUGUUUCUUCACUAAAAAACCAAUAAUUUCCCUCCUCCACCAAGUUUAUCCAACUCAAAAAGUUGCCCAUCUUAAUUCAAAAGGAUGAGUUAAAAAAAACAUUCAUAUACUAACUCCUCUAACUAAGUGUUCUUUCCUGCGGAUGCUUAGGAAGAUAAUGCAAUUGUUAUAGAGGAAGAGAGCCAUACAAUAGAAGAUGAUCCAAAACCCAAUCAUCUUCCUGAUGGACGUAUAAAAUUUCCAUCUCUAAAUUACCCUGAAUGCCAAUGUUGCAAAUUACUACUAGUCGAUGAUGAACCUGCAAAUUUGUUUCCAUUAAAGAUCAUGAUUAAGAUACUUGGCUAUGAAACUGAUUUAGCUAAUAGCGGAAUCUAAGCAAUCAAUCUUGUUUAAAUGAGAAACAAUUCGCAUUGUUAAUAUCGAUUAAUUUUAAUGGAUAUAAAUAUGCCUUAAAUGGGAGGAUUAGAAACUACAAGGAGAAUUAAACUCUAUAAUCCCGAAAUUGUAAUUGUAGCAUGUUCAGCAUUUAGUGAUAUGUAGACAAAAUAUGAAGCUUAAUCUGCUGGAAUGCAAGAUUACUUAGAAAAACCUAUCAAUAAAGAAAGUCUAUUAGAAAUUCUAACAACUUAUAUAUGA